AUGAAGAGUAAGCAGGCUAGAGGGGAAGAAUAUAUUAAUUCGGCAAAUAAACUAAUUCAAAAGAAAACUACUGGACCAAAUUGCCAUUGUAGAAAAAGAUGUUUCACUAAAAUAGACGAUACCCAACGACAGAACAUACUUGAGCAGUUUUAUAGUACGGGAGAUAAAACUAAACAAGACAUUUACCUAGGGGGAUUAAUCAGUGUGUCAAAUGUGAAGAGGAAACGCCCGACUACAGGAGAGGGUAGAGAAAAAAGCAACACCUAUCAGUAUAAGUUACGGGCAGGAAGCCAGGAAACCAUAGUAUGCAAAAAGCAUUCUGUUCUUUGCAUGGAGUAUCAAAAAAUAGAGUGUCUCAGAUUGCCAAAAUCUGACGCUGGGUAGUAUUAUGUCACCUUCCGAUAAGCGUGGGAAGCAUUCCAAUAGGCCGAACAAAAUCAGUGAAGAAAUAAUAGCGCAAAUAGAAGAACAUAUUCGGAGUUUUCCCAGAAGAAAAUCUCAUUAUAGUAGGGAGGAUAAUCAGAAAAGGUAUUUUUUAUCUCCUGAGUUGAAUAUUGCAACAAUGCAUCGCCUCUACCUUCAAAAAUAUGAGCCAGAAAAGUAUGCUCUCCUAGACGAUGGGAAAAUUUUGAAGGACAUUAAACCAGUAGUAAGAUAUGAUUUUUAUCAUCGGCAAUUUAAUCUCAAUCAUAACCUUAGUUUUGGACAUCCAAGAUCAGAUACCUGCCAGAAAUGUGACCGCCUGCACAACACAAUUUCCGCAGAAGCAAAUGCAGAAAUAAAACCCGCUUGGAAACUGAAAAGCGUCUACACUUACAGAAGGCCGAAAUAUUUUAUACCAAAUUACGAGAAUAUACAAAUCUUGCUCGCGAAGAUGAAUCAGUUGAUGUGUUAUGCUUUGAUUACCAACAAAACCUGCCACUGCCGCAUAUUCCGUCGGGCGAUGUGUUCUAUAAAAGGCAGCUAUGGCAAUACAACUUUUGUGUACAUUCUGCCAAGAAAAGAGAGGCUACUUUUUAUAUGUACGAUGAGCUCACUGCCAAAAAAGGUUGUAACGAAGUAGUCAGUUGUUUACAUCACUAUUUAACAAACUUUGUCCCGGAAACUGUUACAACCCUCUAUUUAUUUUCGGACAACUGUUUUGCCCAAAACAAAAAUCAAACCAUAGUGCAGUACUUUCACAUUCAUCAAUGCUUUCAAUAGUAAUAUUCAGCAAAUUAUACAUCAGUUUCCAGAACCCGGUCACAGCUUUCUGCCGUGCGACCGUUGCUUUGGUUUAAUUGAAAAAGAAAAACGAAAAAAAGAAAUAGUAUACUUACCUUCUGAAUGGAAAAAAUUAGUCAAGAAUACAUCUAAACAGUUUCGCGUAAUAGACGUUACCCAGGAUAUGAUCCUCGAUUUUUCGAAUACUUUUAAACCUAUUUUUAAAAAAGCCAUAAGUAACCAACAAAAAGAAAGAUUUACCAUCUCAAAGUAUCGUCUUUUCAAAUAUGAAAGAAAAAACAUAAUACAGUGUAGUGCUACAGCAGGUCUAACUUUAUAUUCAUCAUUUGUCAUCAAAAAACCUAACGCAGUUUUAAUUUAGCCAAAUACUAAACUGUACAACACAUUUCCACUUAAAAUAAACCCCAAAAAAAUAGCAAAUGUGAUGUCUUUGGCAGAUCACUACGUACCACCAAUAUAUAAGUGCUACUACGAGCAAAUACGGGUCACAAAUCAAGAUGAACAACAACGAGAAGAAGAACUUGACAGCGAUAGUGGCGAAGUUGAAACUGAAGAUUUCUAGUUUCUUUAUAUUAUGUUGAUCAGUUUUCUUUGCUGAAAUGUUCUUAUUUUAACCACAUCAUUUGUUAUUUUUUCUGUGAUCUCUAUUGUGUUUCUUGUUUUUUUAGAGUUGCUUUGAGCUAAAACGUGA